AACACUGUCUCUAUAACCCUGUCACUAUAUCCCUGUCACUGUCACUAUAACCCUGUCAAUAUAACCCUAACCCUGUCACUAUAUCCCAAACCCUGUCACUAUAAACCUAACCUUGUCCCGCCCCCCUAGCUGGAUUACCCAUAUUAGAGUACCUGCCUAGUAGCUCUCCUACCCUGGAUUACCCAUUCUAUCCUAUCCUGGAUUAGCUACGUCACUGUGUCACUAUCUGCCUGAUGGCUAACUAUCUGCCGCUAGCCAGUUUACACUGGAUACCGUCUGUUGGUAGCUAGCCUACACUGGAUACUAUUUACCUGGUAGCUAGCCUACAUUGGAUACUAUUUACCUGGUAGCUAGCCUACACUUUAUACCAUCUGACAACGUAGCUAGACUACACUGUGUAUUAUCUGCAGGUAGCUAGCUGACACUAAAUACUAUCUGCUGGUAGUUAGCUUACACCAUAACUUGCCUACACUGGAUACCUUGAAGAACAGGAGCUUCAUCAGCCUGGAUCCUGCUGUAGCUAGCUGCCUUGCUGGCCAGGAUCCUGGAGAGAGAAGACCACCUGUAGAUGGGCCUGGUGGCAGAAGAGGAACUGUAGAUGAGUGUUUAAUGAUUUAAGAAUGAGUGGGUCCAGCACCACCCGGCUCAGCCCCAACACACUGCAGGUGAACGAGCCCAAGCGCUAUGGCUCCACGUUGUCUCUGGAAGAGAAGUGUGAACAGUCUUUCUUCCUCUUCUACUAUUACAGGAUGGAGGACGAGGCCGUGCUGGACCGAGGCGCCUCCUUCCUCAAACACGUCUGUGAUGAAGAGGAGGUAGAAGGUCACCACACCGUCUACAUCGGAGUGCAGAUGCCCAAGAGCUACCGGCGUCGGAGACGUCAACGCCGGAGAGGAAGCCACAAGGACAGGAAGGAUCAUCUGACGGAGAACGCCUCUGACAGGUCCGACACAGAAAACAACGAUGAGGCCAGCAACAGCAUCCUCAAACCGCUCAUCUCUCCAGCAGGCGAGAGGAUCCGCAUUAUGCUGGGAGAGGAUGAUGAUGGACCGUCACCACCUCAACUCUUCACUGAGCUGGAUGAGCUGCUCUCUGUGGAUGGGCAGGAGAUGGAGUGGAAGGAGACAGCCAGGUGGAUCAAGUUUGAGGAGAAGGUGGAGAAGGGAGGAGAGCGUUGGAGUAAACCCCACGUGGCCACGCUGUCGCUCCACAGCCUGAUGGAGCUCCGGACUUGCAUCGAGAAAGGAACCAUCAUGCUGGAACUGGAGGCCUUCACGCUGCCGCAGGUCGUUGAGUUGAUCACAAACAGCCAGAUAGAGAGCGGUCUGCUGAAGGCGGAGCUAAAGGACAAGGUGACGUACACGUUGCUACGGAAACAUCGACACCAGACAAAGAAGUCCAACCUGCGCUCGCUAGCUGACAUCGGCAAGACGGUCUCCAGUGCAACCCGUAGUCCGCUUGAAAACUCAGUGCCUUGUCUAACAGUCCGUGCCUCAAUGGAGGAGCUGCAGACCCAACGAAGCCCCAGCAUGGACUGGCUUAGCAGUCCAGCCACCACACAUCGGAACCUGGCCUCAAGCAGCAUGAACGACAUCUCCGACAAACCAGAGAAAGACCAGCUGAAGAACAAGUUCAUGAAGAAGCUUCCCCGAGACGCCGAGGCAUCCAACGUUCUCGUUGGAGAGGUGGACUUCCUGGACGCCCCCUUUGUGGCAUUUGUCCGUCUACAGCAGGCUGUGAUGCUGGGAGCUCUUACAGAAGUCCCUGUCCCCACCAGAUUCCUGUUCAUCCUUUUAGGACCCAAAGGAAAAGCCAAGUCCUAUCAUGAGAUAGGAAGAGCUAUCGCCACCCUCAUGUCAGAUGAGGUGUUCCAUGACAUAGCAUACAAGGCGAAGGACAGAGAGGAUCUGCUGGCUGGCAUCGAUGAGUUUCUGGAUGAGGUGAUUGUUCUGCCCCCGGGGGAAUGGGACCCGGCCAUCAGGAUAGAACCGCCCAAGUCUGUACCUUCUGCUGACAAAAGGAAGAACAUGUAUGCUGGAGGCGACAGCGGCCAGAUGAACGGAAACACGCCCCAUGAUGGGGGAGGAGGGGGAGGGGGGCAUGCAGUGGGAGACGAGCUCAAGAAGACAGGCAGGUUUUGUGGAGGCCUCCUACUUGACAUCAAAAGGAAAGCUCCAUUCUUCGCCAGUGAUUUCUACGAUGUGUUCCACAUCCAGGCACUGUCGGCCAUCCUGUUCAUCUACCUAGGAACCGUAACUAACGCCAUCACCUUCGGAGGGUUGCUAGGAGACGCCACCGACAACAUGCAGGGUGUGUUGGAGAGCUUCCUGGGCACGGCGGUAUCUGGAGGGAUCUUCUGUCUGCUGGCUGGCCAGCCUCUCACCAUCCUCAGCAGCACUGGACCUGUUCUGGUCUUCGAGAGGCUGCUCUUCAACUUCAGCAAAGACAAUGACUUUGACUACCUGGAGUUCCGGCUGUGGAUUGGUCUGUGGUCUGCAUUCUUUUGUCUGCUGCUGGUUGCUACUGACGCCAGCUACAUGGUUCAGUACUUCACCCGAUUCACAGAGGAGGGCUUCUCCUGCCUCAUCUCCUUCAUCUUCAUCUAUGAUGCCUUCAAGAAGAUGCUGAAGCUGGCUGACUACUACCCCAUCAACUCGGACUACCAGAUUGACUAUGUCACCCAGUAUGACUGUAUGUGUAUGGCCCCUACUAUCUUAGAAAACAGUACCGAGGUGUUUGGAGAUCCUCUGGAUGCUGAUAGCACUGCUGUCUGGUACUUCAACAACACUGAUCUACCUCUGAAUGCCACAUGGUCGUCCCUGUCUAAGAAGGAUUGUGUGAAGUAUGGAGGAGAGCUGGUGGGGAAGGCAUGUAAAUAUGUUCCUGACAUCACUCUGAUCUCCUUCAUCCUUUUCCUGGGAACCUACACUACCUCCAUGAUGCUGAAGAAGUUCAAGACCAGUCCUUUCUUCCCUACAUGGGUGAGGAAACUAAUCAGUGACUUUGCCAUUAUCUUGGCCAUCCUGAUCUUUUGCGGUGUGGACAUGCUAGUAGGAGUGGACACUCCCAAGCUCAUAGUCCCAACUGAGUUCAAGCCAACGAGCCCCAACCGUGGCUGGUUUGUUCCCCCGUUCGGAGGCAAUCCUUGGUGGGUGUACGUGGUGUCAGCGGUGCCUGCCCUGCUGGUCACAAUCCUACUCUUCAUGGACCAGCAGAUAACCGCUGUCAUCGUCAACAGGAAGGAGCACAUGCUGAAGAAAGGCGCAGGCUACCACCUGGACCUGUUCUGGGUUGCAGUUCUGAUGAUUGUAUGUUCCUUCAUGGGGUUGCCAUGGUACGUGGCGGCGACGGUCAUCUCAAUCGCUCACAUAGACAGUCUGAAGAUGGAGACAGAGACAUCCGCCCCUGGAGAAAUGCCCAAGUUCUUGGGAGUGAGGGAGCAGAGAGUCACUGGUGUGUGUGUAUUCAUUCUGACGGGGCUGUCUGUCUUUAUGUCUCCCAUCCUCAAGUUCAUCCCCAUGCCAGUGCUGUAUGGAGUGUUCCUCUACAUGGGCGUGGCCUCUCUUAAUGGAGUGCAGUUCAUGGACCGUCUCCAGCUGCUCCUGAUGCCAGCUAAGCACCAGCCUGACCUUGUGUACCUGCGCCAUGUUCCUCUGAGGAAGGUCCACCUGUUUACCUUCAUCCAGAUCCUGUGUCUGGCACUGCUCUGGGUCCUCAAGUCCACCGUGGCCGCGAUUAUCUUCCCUGUCAUGAUCCUGGCCCUGGUGGCGGUGAGGAAGACAAUGGACUACAUGUUCUCUCAACACGAGCUGAGCUUCCUGGAUGAUGUCAUCCCUGAGAAGGACAAGAAGAAGAAGGAGGACGCUAAGCAGAAGAAGAAGAUGAGGAGCAUUGACAGUGACAUAGAUGAUUCUGACUUCCCCUACACUGAGAAUGUCCCCAGCAUUAAGAUCCCCAUGGACAUGAUGGAGCAGGAACCUUUCUUAGGAGAUAAAUCCUCAUCAUUCCUGGAUCGACACUCAUCGUGCUGAGCAGCUGCUCUUCUACCAGGCCAACUGUCAGUCAAGUCCAGAGAUGAGUCCACUCAACGUGCCUCAGAUUAGAAUUGAGAUGGACCCUGAUGACAACGGUUACCGCUGGAAGAGCCGAGGGUCUGAAACCUCUCUGUAGCCCCUACUUCUCAACAGCCCCAAGACCCUCGUCCAUGCCCCAAGACCCUCGUCCACGCCCUAAGACCCUAGUCCACGCCUCAAGACCCUCCUCGAUGCCCUGGGACCCUACUCCAGGACCCAAGACCCUCGUCCAUGCCCCGAUACCCUCCUCCUUGCCCCGAGACCCUCCUCCAUGCACCAAGACCCUACUCCAUGCCCCAAGACCCUCCUCCAUGGCCCAAGACCCUCCUCCAUGCCCCGAGACCCUCCUCCAUGCCCGAGACCCUCCUCCAUGCUCCUCCAUGCCCCGAGAUCCUCCUCCAAGCACCGAGACCCUCCUCCAUGCCAUGACACCCUCCUCCAUGCCCCGAGACCCUCCUCCAUGCCCCAAGACCCUCCUCCAUGCCCCAAGACCCUCCUCCAUGGCCCAAGACCCUCCUCCAUGCCCCGAGACCCUCCUCCAUGCCCCGAGACACUCCUCCAUGCUCCUCCAUGCCCCGAGACCCUCCUCCAUGCCCCGACACCAUCCUCCAUGCCCCGACACCCUCCUCGAUGCCCCGAGACCCUUCUCCAUGCACCAAGACCCUCCUCCAUGCUCCGACACCCUCCUCCAUGCCCCGAGACCCUUCUCCAUGCCCCAAGACCCUCCUCCAUGCCCUGGGACCCUCCUCCAUGCCCCAAGACCCUCCCCCAUGCCCCAAGACCCUCCUCCAUGCCCCAAGACCCUCCUCCAUGCCCUGGGACCCUACUCCAUGCACAAAGACUAUCCUCCAUGCACCAAGACCCUCCUUCAUGCCCUGGGACCCUCCUCCAUGCCCCAAGACCCUCCUCCAUGCGCUGGGACCCUCCUCCAUGUCCCGAGACACUCCUCCAUGCCCUGGGACCCUCCUCCAUGCACCAAGACCCUCCUCCAUGCCCCAAGACCCUGCUCCAUGCCCCGGGACCCUACUCCAUGCACCAAGACUAUCCUCCAUGCCCCAAGACCCUCCUCCAUGCCCCAAGACCCUCCUCCAUGCCCAGAGACUAUCCUCCAUGCGCCAAGACCCUCCUCCAUGCACCAAGACCCUCCUCCAUGCCCCAAGACCCUCCUCCAUGCCCCGAGACCCUCCUCCAUGCCCCGAGACCCUCCUCCAUGCCCCGAGACCCUCCUCCAUGCCCCAAGACCCUCCUCCAUGCCCCAAGAGCCUCCUCACACAAACACUCAACACCAACAAUACUCACACUUGAAAUGUUUUAAACAAUUAUUAUUUGCUUUAUGUUUUCCAAAAGCCAAUAAUGAAAACUAGUGAUUAUCUGAAACUUGACUUGGUCAAUCGAGGAGUUGAGCCGCCCAGGGAUCAACCAAUAGGAAGAGGACAACAUGGUUUCAUCGCUAAAUCCUAACCAAUAGGAAGAGGAGAACAUUGUUUCAUCACUAGGUCUUUCAGUUUUCACAGCUACUACUGUAGGUUCAUCUGUCUUCCUUAUUCUGAAGUGUCUGACACAUCUAACCCCUUUCUGCUGUUCUACUGUUCUAUGGUUCUACAGUUCUUAUACUGUUGUAUGGUUCUUUGGUUCUACUGUUCUAUGGUCCUACUGUUCUACGGCUCUAUGGUUCUGCUGUUCUACUGUUCUUCUGUUCUACGUUUCUGUUGUUCUUUGUAAUUCAUCCACAGUUGUGUUCUCAUUAUUAGAGAAGCAUGUAGAACCCAUUCUGCUCUUUUUUUAUAUGUAGUUCUUCGUCUCAAUUAUUAGAAGUAGAAAAGGAAUUGCGGAAAAGAAUAGUUUGAUUGGUUCUGUAGCUCUACAUCUUAUUUUAGCUGCCAGACGGUGUGAGUUCAUUUCUCUAGAUGGACACAGCAUGGAAUAUAGUUAAUAUGUCUUCUGUUCUUUUACGUCUUGUAAAAUAUAUUCAAGAGAUUAAAUAUAAUAUAACAUCAGAGAAAUACAUGUGACAUAGAAAUAUAAUAUAAUUAUUGCAAUAUAAGUUCAUUCACUUUUAACCUCUGUUUGGUAUUUUGUUUGUCUAGAUGCAGAUUUUAUAUCACUUUUUCCCACUGGAGUUGUGAUUGCAACACUUUACUGUUAACUGUAAUGACACACGGAUACUGCAGCACUCAGUGAGACUUCAUUUCAAUGUCCUAUUUCAUUGGUCAGACUUAAGGCUGCUCUGCAACAUGUCAGAUCCAACCAAACUGAAGCUAUUCUUCCUCUAUUUUGAACAAUUAUUAUUUUGUACUUGUAUUAAAUAUCCAUGUUUGAUAAGGGGAAGAGGUUUCAGACUCCAGUCUUCCCAAUGUAACCUGCACGUCGUACUAAUAACUGGUCUACUCCAGACUCCAGUCUUCCCAAUGUAACCUGCACGUCGUACUAAUAACUGGUCUACUCCAGACUCCAGUCUUCCCAAUGUAACCUGCACGUCGUACUAAUAACUGGUCUACUCCAGACUCCAGUCUUCCCAAUGUAACCUGCACGUCGUACUAAUAACUGGUCUACUCCAGACUCCAGUCUUCCCAAUGUAACCUGCACGUCGUACUAAUAACUGGUCUACUCCAGACUCCAGUCUUCCCAAUGUAACCUGCACGUCGUACUAAUAACUGGUCUACUCCAGACUCCAGUCUUCCCAAUGUAACCUGCAUGUCAGACUAAGACCUCCAUCCCAAAGUCUGAAGGUCAUACCAUCUGACCACAGAACAUUGGCCUCCAUUUUCUUUCAAUUUCCUGAGAGUUCUACAUGUGGAAUUGUCAGAGUUAGUGGAUACCCAGCAUGUGAUCUAUUGUUCAUGGCUGACAUUUGUUAUGGUGUGCCCUGUCCUUUACAGAGAGAGUUUGGACAGCGGUUCAGCUGACAUAGUGAUGCUGUUUCUGAACACCACCCAUUCAUAAUGAUGGCUGUUUUAUCUAAUAGCAUCAUAAUGUUGACUGAUUGUUUAAAUGACUGUCUGGCUGACUGACUAACCGACUGUGUACAUAACCGUUUGACUGACUGUCUAAAUUACUAUCUGACUGGCUAAAUGACUGUUUAAAGGACUGACUGACUGUCUAAAUUACUGUCUGACUGACUUACGGACGGACUAUCUAAAUAUUUGUCUGACUGAUGGACGGACUGUCUAAAUGAUUGUCUGACUGACUGUUUAAAGUACUAUCUGACUGUCUAAAUGACUGUUUAAAGGACUGACUGACUGUCUAAAUAACUGUCUGACUGACUGUCUAAAUAACUGUCUGACUGUCUAAAUGAUUGUCUGAUUGACGGACAGACUGUCUAAAUGACUGUCUGACUCACUGUCUAAAUGACUGUCUGACUGACUGCCUGUCUUUAUUGUGUUCCUUGUCCUUUGCAGAGGAUGUUUAGACAGCGGUUCAGGGGACACAGUGAUGCUGUUUCUGAACGCAACCCAUUGAUAAUGAUGGUUGUUUAUCUAAUAGCAUCAUAAUGUUGACUGACUGUCUAAAUAACUGUCCGACUGACUGACUGUCUAAAUUAAUGUCUGACUGACUGACGGACGGACUGUCUAAAUUACUGACUGACUGUCUAAAUGACUCUCCGACUGACUGUCUAAAUGACUCUCCAACUGACUGUCUAAAUUACUCUCUGACUGACUGUCUAAAUUACUCUCUGACUGACUGUCUAAAUUACUGUCUGAUUGACUGACUGUCUGACUCUAAAUGACUCUGACUGACUAACUAAAUGACUGACUGGCUGUCUAAAUGACUGUCUAACCGACUGACUGUCUAAAUUACUUUCUGACUGACUGUUUGACUGUCUGGCUGUCUGGCUGACUGUCUAAAUGACUGUCUAACCGACUGACUGUCUAAAUUACUUUCUGACUGACUGUUUGACUGUCUGGCUGACUGUCUAAAUGACUGUGCACGUUCGAGCGGUUCACUUUUAUCAAGUUUUCGUUAGUCAGUCAGACAGUAAUUUAGAAAGAUCCUGCAGCCAUCACAUGCAUUGAGGGUGGGUCUAUUGUCAACCAAUCAUUAGGGUGUUUUUGUUUCACCCACGCCAACGUGACAAAGGACGUGACUGAAACAGGAACCAACUUUUCCACGAUUCAUGUAUAAAGUGUAUAUUUAAGUGAUAAUGCCUGAGAAGUCGAUGCUUGGAUGGGUGUUGUUAACGUGCCAAAAUAUCCUCCAAACACCGGCUUCAAGGCCAUUAUCACUUUUAUAUAACAGGUUACCAACACAUUCAUAUAAUGAUUGACAUUUUAAUUAAAAACUUUAUUUUGAUGAAUUUAUUUAUACCUUCAUCCUUCCAUGAGAUAAAGUCCAGACGCAAAUCUAAGGUUGCUACCCAAGCCGUCUGGUCGUUCGUUCUUUCGUUUCGGUUGCCAGAGACGCGACCCAAUCGUUGAGUCUUUAUGUUCUGUAUGUUUUUGUUCUAAAUGUUCCACUGCCAUACUGGCUGGAAACGUUCUUAUCCCUUGCUUGCUAGCUAACCAAAUACAGCUAACUCACAGUUAUGUCAAACAGUACAGCCAGAAUAACAUCAAAGUAGCUGCAAUUACGUUUGUUUAAGCUAUUUUUAGUGACAUUUAUUUGGAUACAUCCAUUGCAAUGAACUAAUGGUGAGCUAUUUCGCCUGGAAUAGAAAAUGUGCUCUCUCGUCAAGACACUGUUGUUCAGAGUAGCUUCAAAGACUGCAAACUAGCUGCUUUUCGUUUCGUUUUACCUGUUUUCUAUUGACAUUUCUCAGUAUAUAUCCAUAAAAUGAUGCCAGCUGAUUCAUGACUGAGAAAAGCUGCCUGCCUGCCUGUCUGUCUCGUCCUGACUCCCGACACGUUCAAUACUAUGGGACAUCUGGAGAUUGAAUUUAACAUUGAAACAAUGUUGCAAAUUUCAGAGUGACAGACAGCAAGGUUUAUACAAAUCUCCACUGUUGAAAUCUAAAUGUCAGUCUAAAAGACAUGAGAGAUAAUGUCUAGAUGCUUUUUAUACUGGAGAUCAAGUUUAUAAAUUGCCGGCUGGGCUGAUGAGACAGUGGAUGGCGCAGUCAGAUGGAACAGAGUAAAUAGGCGUUUUAACGUCCUAGCGUUGGCCGCUGGUAACUUGUGGAAUAGACAACGUCUAGAAUGUGGUUUUAACCAAUCAGCAUCCAGGAUUAGAACCACCUGUUGUAUAAGUACAAUUGUAUAUAUUUCGGGCUCGCUUUCACCAAUUGAUAGCACAAUGUAAACACAUAUAUUUACAGUUUGUGAGUGUGUGAUAUGGGGGUUGGAGAAAUGUUUAUCUCAACAUUAUAAAGAGCAACUUUUAUAAACAAUGGCAACACUGCCAUGUUGUACUGAGCUUUGCUGUCCUAAAACUACAUCCGUGUCUGACUCCAACUUCACUCCUCAACUUUCGUCUACAGUCGGUUGCUUUCACCUUACCACAAACGAGCCCACUUUCUGACUGACUGACUGACUGUCUGACUGGCUGUCUGACUGGCUGACACUGUCUGUCUGUCUGUUUGUCUGUCUGACUUCACUGCUCAAGCUCACUCUGUAUCCAGUCAGUCUUGACCAGUGAGUCUGGCCCCAUAUUCGGAAAGCAUCUCAGAGUAGGAGUGCUGAUCUAGGAUCAGUUCCUUCCAGUGUACGUUAUCCUAUUAAUUAUGAUGGACAAACCGAUUAGAUUAGUAGUCCUACUGUGAGAUCCAUUCCAGUGUAUGUUAUCCUAUUAAUUAUGAUGGACAAACUGAUCCUAGAUCAGUAGUCCUACUCUGAGAUCCUUUAUGAAUACGGUCCAGGUUUCUCCUCUAUAUAUCUGUACAUACAUAACCGCAUGUUGGACCACCAAGAUGCAAUAGGUAAACUUUUAUCUUUGUCAAUGUGUUCAUUUGUUUCUUUCAAGAUAUCUGUAGAUCAACACGUAACAGUAUGCUACAUACUGUAUUUUCAGAAUCACUGUUUUAACCAUAGUCAGUGGAAAUGAGUGUCACUUAUGUCUGGGACAUAUUAUGGAGGAAGUUAGUUCAACUUGAUUGAAGUACAUUAAGCAUGAUUCUAAAACAUGUAACAUGCAAAAAAGUGUUAAAUUAAAAAGUUAAUUUUAGUUUGUUCCAUACUAACCAUUUUUAAUUGAAUUUUGUGAUUUUUAGGACAAAACCGGUGAAAUUACUAAUUUUAGAAUUUAUAUUUUUCAAAUGAAAUGCAUAUUAAAAAUAAACUGAAUUUAUCAAAAGA